AUGAACACUUCUCAAGAGUUUUCGUCGACCACGCAAAUUUGCCUCAUUCUGGGAAUCUGUUUCGGGGCACUCAUGCUUUUCUUGGUCUUUUUGGUGCGGAGAUGGUUUCGGUCCACCGUGUCCAGGAGUUCCAGAUCAUCGCGCCACCAUCCGUCGGGACCUCAGCUUAAGUUGACUGGUUGGAAGUCGCUUCGCGAGAAGCUCAUUGAGACUGAACACAGCUUUGUCCAGGGCGAGACGAGACUCGUUGCAACAGCUAGAAGUGAUGAAUCACUGUCAGAAGUGCCUUCUAUCACCAUCGAGGUGAGUCCUGCCCCGCGGAGGCCAGAAUCUCUUCCUCCAGCCGAAGCGCAGUACAUGAUGGCACCCAUGUAG